CCGCUCCGCGCCCAGUCCCAGAGCUGCCGUGUGUUGCAGCCACUUCGGCUCCAGCUCUUACUGGGGGAGAACUCACGGGGCCCCUGCUCCUGCCCACGGCCCCCGACGCCCACCCAUCGGGAGGCCAGAAGCCAGCUGCCCACAAGGUCGUCUGUCCACACCGGCUUGUUCUGACGGUGGAUUGAAGCCCACCAGUGCUGGUGGUGCAGCCAGCGUGACGGAGAGCAGGCAGGAAAGGGACCCUGUGGUGGGCAGCCAGCACCGUGCUCCAGCCUCCAGGGAUGGCCGAUAAGUGCAGUGAGGGGCUGCUGAACGGCACUGUGCCCGGGGACCAGGGCAAGCAGGACAAGAGCAUCAAGCGUGGCAACUGGGGCAACCAGAUUGAGUUUGUGCUGACCAGCGUGGGAUAUGCUGUGGGGCUGGGCAACGUCUGGCGCUUCCCAUACCUCUGCUACCGCAAUGGGGGAGGUGCCUUCAUGUUCCCCUACUUCAUCAUGCUGGUGUUCUGCGGCAUCCCCCUCUUCUUCAUGGAGCUCUCCUUUGGGCAGUUUGCCAGCCAGGGCUGCCUUGGCGUCUGGAGGGUCAGCCCCAUGUUCAAAGGCGUGGGCUACGGGAUGAUGGUGGUGUCCACAUACAUCGGGAUCUACUACAACGUGGUGAUCUGUAUUGCCUUCUACUACUUCUUUGUGUCCAUGACGCGCGUGCUGCCCUGGACAUACUGCAGCAACACCUGGAACACGCCCGACUGUGUGGGGGUGCUGGACGGAAACGUCUCCAGCCGUGCUGCCCUCAACCUCACCCAUCUCCUCAACUCCACCCAGAAGCGUACCAGCCCCAGCGAGGAGUACUGGAGGAGGUACGUGCUGAACCUGUCAGAUGACAUCGGGAACCUGGGUGAGGUGCGCCUGCCCCUCCUGGGCUGCCUUGGAGUCUCCUGGGUCGUCGUCUUCCUCUGCCUCAUCAAGGGCGUCAAGUCCUCGGGGAAGGUGGUGUACUUCACGGCCACCUUCCCCUAUGUGGUGCUCACCAUCCUCUUCGUGCGCGGCAUCACGCUGGAGGGGGCCAUCACAGGCAUCAUGUACUACCUGACACCCCAGUGGGACAAGAUCCUCAACGCCAAGGUGUGGGGUGAUGCAGCCUCACAGAUCUUCUACUCGCUGGGCUGUGCCUGGGGUGGACUCAUCACCAUGGCCUCCUACAAUAAGUUCCACAACAACUGCUACCGGGACAGCAUCAUCAUCAGCAUCACCAACUGCGCCACCAGUGUCUAUGCAGGCUUUGUCAUCUUCUCCAUCCUGGGCUUCAUGGCCAACCAUUUGGGUGUGGACGUCUCCAAAGUGGCUGAUCACGGCCCUGGCCUGGCCUUUGUGGCUUACCCCGAGGCCCUCACUCUGCUUCCUAUCUCUCCCCUCUGGUCCAUCCUCUUCUUCUUCAUGCUCAUUCUCCUGGGGCUGGGCACACAGUUCUGCCUGCUGGAGACACUGGUCACGGCCAUCGUGGACGAGGUGGGCAAUGAGUGGAUCAUCCGCAGGAAGACAUUUGUGACACUGGGGGUAGCCGUGGUGGGCUUUCUGCUGGGUGUUCCGCUCACCACACAGGCAGGCAUCUACUGGCUCCUGCUGAUGGACAACUAUGCUGCCAGCUUCUCCUUGGUGGUCAUCUCCUGCAUUAUGUGUGUGGCCAUCAUGUACAUCUACGGGCACCGCAACUACUUCAAGGACAUUGAGAUGAUGCUGGGUUUUCCACCUCCGCUCUUCUUCCAGAUCUGCUGGCGCUUCAUCUCACCUGCCAUCAUCUUUUUCAUCCUGGUCUUCACAGUGAUCCAGUACCGACCUAUCUCCUACAAUGACUACGUCUACCCCACCUGGGCCAUCAGCAUUGGCUUCCUCAUGGCACUUUCCUCUGUCAUCUGCAUCCCCAUCUAUGCCAUCUACAAAGUGUGCUGCUCUGAGGGGGACACGCUGCUGGAGCGCUUGAAAAAUGCUACCAAGGCAAGCAAGGACUGGGGCCCAGCACUGGCAGAGCACCGCAGCGGGCGCUACGCCCCGGCGUUCAGCCCCUCCACCGAGUCCCACCUGGAGGUGCAGCCCCUGCAGCCGGAGAAGAGCCGGAGCGAGAUGGCAGCUGCCUCCCCCCUGCAGGGCAGCAACGGCUCAGCCCACAGCCAGGACUCCAGACUGUGACCCCCCACCGUCCCUGCAACCCUUCUAACCCCUCCCGCGCGGUGACACUUUCGCACCUUCCGCUGGCGGAGCCUGGCUCCGGGCCACACCGGACAGUGGGGGGCUCUCAGCGCCCGUCCCCGAGACCCCCGCACCUCGCCGGUUAACCCCUUCUUCCUCGCCCACCCCCCCCGCCCCGUGGCGUUUGUUAACCCUUGUGUUUACGGUAACCUUUGUGCGCGACGCUGGGACAAGAGAGGAGGGGGCACAGCCCCAGGAGGGCCGGGAGCCAGAGGCACUUUUCAGGGGCCCUGCCCCAGGGGGAUGCACAGGAUGGGGGGAUGGUAGCAGGAUGCCCCUGCCUCCUGGCCCCCCUACAUCCAGGCACCCCGCCCCACUGUGGGGCAGCCUUCUGGCCUACCCAGGGAGGGGGUGUGGGAUUGGAGUGGGGCUGGGGCACGCUGGGACUGCCCGCAGCUGCUCCAAGCUGUGUGUGCAGAGGGUCGGCAUGGUGGGGAUUGUCACUGCAGGGACCCCUGGCCUGGGCCGGCACCCACUGUGGCUCAGAGCCUGCAGGGUCCCACAGGUGGCCAUGCCCGGGGAUGGUGCCAGGCACCAGAUCUGCACAGGGAGAUGGGGGCAAGCAUGCUGCCUCCCCCAGGCAGCAGGAUCUCAUGACAUAAGACACAAGCACUUGGAGAAGACACAUACAUGUGUGUGUGUCCCUCACAAUUAUGGGGGCUAUGGGCACGCAUAUGGCAUACAUGGGCACACACAUACACAUGGUGCCCCAGGGUUGUGCAGGUGGUGAGCUGGUAUGCACCACCACCCCCACCCCUCCCACAUGCACCCCUCCACUCUGUGGCCCUACUGGCGGGCUAUGGGUGCCUACCUGGGUGGCUAGGCAGCCCAGCACUGCUGCCUGCGCUGCAGUAGGGCAGGAGGCUGGGGAGCACUUAAGCCUGGCUGGGGGGUGAUGGGGCAGGGCUGGGGUUCAGCUAUCCAUGGCAGCCCCAGCAGAGGGAACCUUCCACGGUGCUAAAGGGGAGCAGGAUGGACUGCCCCCCCACUCCCCCAGCUAGUGAGAGGUACCAGUGGAUAUGUGGAGGGCUGCACCAGCCCCCUUGCUCCAAACCGUCUGGGGACUCGUGGUCCCCAACCAGUAUUAGUGGAGCAGGAUGCACUGGCAAAGGCCAGACAGUUUUAAAUUUGUCUUCCAGCUCCAGCCAAAGGAUGGAGCUCUUGAUUUGGGGUGGAUGGGGUGGGAAGGGUCCCACCCCACUGCUCCCCUCCCAGCCAGCACCCUGUGCCCCCCCUCCCCGUGCUGCAGCCCCAAGGCUGGCACAGGGACAUGGCAUGGCAGCGGGAGGUGGUGGGCAGUGGGCACUGAGCCCCGGCAGGAUGUUCCAGCUCCCCUGGCCCUGUCCUGAGCCCCCUUGCCAUGCUGUGGCGAGGGGUGCAGGUUCCCGCAUGGUGCCCGUGCCCUGCCCCACGUGUCACACUGCUACUCUUCACCUCUAUAAUCGUUAGCAAUAACGUGCGUGUCCCUGGGCAGCACUGCCUGUGCCAGUGUCUCCCAGUGUAGAGUUCUAAAGUAUCCUAGAUUUUAAUGAGAUUUAUAUUCCUGA